AUGGAAGAUCAGGUGCGAAAGGCCAAAAGCCACCCCCAUGGCUCCGCCGGUGACGUGGUCUUCCCCGCCGCCGAGCGCGUGAGGACCCGGUGGACUCCCAAGCCGGAGCAGAUCCUGAUACUCGAGUCCAUCUUCAACAGCGGUAUGGUCAACCCCCCCAAGGACGACACUGUGAGGAUAAGGAAACUUCUCGAGAGAUUUGGGCCGGUUGGGGAUGCCAAUGUCUUCUACUGGUUCCAGAACCGGCGGUCGAGAUCUCGCCGCCGGCAGCGCCAGCUGCAGGCAGGGCUGGCCGCGGAACCCAGAGCUCUGUCUGGGACGGAUGGCGGCGGUGGGGGUGCAGCUCGAUGCGACGUCACUCCUCCUUGCCCAUUCGCCAACUCGUCCUCGAAUACCUCGUUUGAGGGAUUCGUUCCUUCAUCUACGUCUGUUGUUUCCAUUGGUACCGACUGUUCUCCGAACAUCUUUGCGGAUGAUAGCGCAGAGGACCUGUUUUCGAUCUCUCGCCAAAUGGGUUUCACGGACACCAUCGAUCGAGCUCGAAGAUAUAAUCCCCCUCCUGCUCAUCAUCAUGACGCUUCGAGUUUAUAUUAUCAGCCAGGUGAGUGAAUUCAUUUACUAUAUAGUUCAUGCAUCACGCUCAAUUAUCAUUGUUUUUGCAUGAUAUCAUGUUUUUAGAUCGAACCGAUUGCAUUUCUGCUAGGAUCAUGAGAAUUUCUCAGUCGAGGACACCAUCCGUCCUUGGGGGAUUCGUUGUUUUCUCGCUCUUCCUGACAACAAUCUCGAAUUCCUAGUUCCUAACGCUCCACCGCCGUUAACCUUUUCGCCUCUGAUCUCCGUCACAUCAUCGUCUUUGAGUCUUCUCACCUGGUUUCAGCAGUGACCGGGCCUUUUCCUCCUCCCCCGAGUAAUCAAAUGCUUUCCAUCUGAGAAAUCCAUAGUUGGUUUCCUCACCUUGAAGGGGACAAUCGAGUAUCGCAGGUCUGAUCACAGUCUUCAUCAAUGGGAUCCCGCAAGAGGUUCCAAGCGGGCCGUUCGAUGCGAAGAAGGUUUUUGGGCCGGAUGCGAUUCUCCUUCAUUCCUCCGGAGAACUUGUUCCCAUGAACGACUGCGGAAUUCUAUUCGGGGCCCUUGACGACGGCGAAAGCUAUAUACUGGUGAGCUCUCGCUCCUCAGGGUUCAAAGCCGUUCCUUUAUCAUGAAAACCCCACGACUGAUGCUGACUACGUUUCAUUACCAUGCCCACUUCAUCGUAAUCGCCUUGAGGAUUGGGCAAUAACGUCGCCUCUCUCUCUCUCUCUCUCUAGAUCUAGUUCAGGUGCAUUCUCUCUCUUGCCAUGGAUCAACAGAAGAAAUUGCGAGCUUCGGAUUUGAAAUGAGCAAGACAAGGCACAUCUGAUCUUCUUCUCAGGGACAAUUCAGGCGGCAGAAUCCCAUUCUACAGGAAGCUAGUCGAGGAAUCCUUUGUCUGUUCGUUUGUCUGGUUUUGAGUGUCCUUCAAGUUAGCAAGGGCGAAUCAAUUAUAUGGGCAGAUGCCACGUAGUGGGGAGGGUUAUCUUGUCAAAUUAUCCAUGUUUGCCUCAAGAAAUGAUGAGCUCGUCAGUUUCCGAUUCUCGUGGCUGCCCGUAGACAAGCGUCUGUUGCCAAAUAUAGCGAGAUCUUGUAAACUAGCGAAAGUCUUAAAUCCGGUCCUGGCCGGGAGGAACGUCCGGAGAUGAGAUCGGGGUCGGACCUCUUUAAAGCUCUCAGCCCAACGUGCAUGCACCAGGGGAGGGAGGGGGGGAGAGAGAGAGAGAGAGAGAGAGAGAGAGAGAGGGUGCAAUCUAAGCUUAGAGAUAUCGACCAUUCACGAGAAGAUUUGCGGCUGAAUGUGGGAGUAUAGAACAGCAAGAACUGGAUUAUCCUAUAAUUUCAGCGAUAGCUGAGUUGAAAACCACAGCCUACUUAAGAAUAAUAAAAAGAGUGUCUCCAUAUUAUAGCAAAGACUGAAACAUCCACAGUGCCGGACGACUAGACUGAUCGCCAAAACGAGGGUCUACUGCAGGAGAGCAAUUACAGGCGGCGGGCUCGUCUAGGUGCACUCAAGUCUCAAUAAAAUCACAAUAAAAGUUGUUCCUAAUGAUGCAUAUCAGAGAAAUACAUAUUCCUCUCACAACACAAAAUCGUUUUUUUCAAUCAGACCCAUUAUACAGACGGAGGAAGAGAAGAACGAUACUCAUUCAAUCGAAGCUUCACAACUUAACCCGCUUUGUGAUGAAAUCUCAUCGUUAAAGAAGUGGGUAAGCUUCUCAUACAUAUUUCACUUGUCAAGUCCAAUCCCAGAGCUUCAGGUAUCUCAAGCUUUAGACUGGCAAUGGCGUGGCGAUCAGUGAAUAAACUGACAGGGAUGAUCACCUGUUGAUCAUAAUCCACCUCAUCGGUACCAAAACUAAAGCUGUGAUAUGAACUUCAGAGUCAGAGAAGUAGGGAACAAGUCUUCCAUUUUCUGUGCACAGGAUAAUUAUUGAACAGAUUAUGAUAAUGACAUUCCAGAUAGCUUGUCGAAUUACCCAUGGAAGCAUCAGGAAAAUCUGGAAAGAAGAGCGUCAGCUGGGUCUCUGGUAAGACCAAGGUCCCCCCAGAGGGGUUAA